UUCUCCUGGGUCGGCUCUGUGGACUUCUGGGAGAUGUAGUUUCUGGUCUGUAGGCAGGACGGAAGGAGCGGGGGAGGCCCCUUACGCAAACUACAAUUCCCGGCGGGGAGCGCGGUGAAGGGGGGUGGGAUCUGAACAUGGCGGCGGUGGUAGCUGCUACGGCGCUGAAGGGCCGGGGGGCGAGAAAUGCCCGCGUCCUGCGGGGCAUUCUCGCAGGAGCCACAGCUAACAAGGCUUCCCAUAACAGGACCCGGGCACUGCAAAGCCACAGCUCUCCAGAGGGCAAGGAGGAACCUGAACCCCUAUCCCCGGAGCUGGAAUACAUUCCCAGAAAGAGGGGCAAGAACCCCAUGAAAGCUGUGGGACUGGCCUGGGCCAUCGGCUUCCCUUGUGGUAUCCUCCUCUUCAUCCUCACCAAGCGGGAAGUGGACAAGGACCGUGUGAAGCAGAUGAAGGCUCGGCAGAACAUGCGGUUGUCCAACACGGGCGAGUAUGAGAGCCAGAGGUUCAGGGCCUCCUCCCAGGGUGCCCCAUCCCCUGAUGUUGGGUCUGGGGUGCAGACCUGAGGAGUGCUGCAACCCUCCUAGGCUAUUGACUGUGAAGCCCUCAGGUUCGGCCUGGAUUCCAGUUCUUGCCUCUGAGGUCCACCAGAGGGCGCAUAAAGCCCAGGCUGCUGCCAAACCCUACCCCGCCCCACACCAAGGAGCCAGCCAAAGGCAAAUAAAGUUAUUGAGUGUUUAGUGGAAAGGAA